GGUUCUGGCUUGGGUGGUUGCCUUGGCAUCGGGCAUAGGAGGGGGAUUAGUGCCGCGGACGGCUUGUGGGUAGGCGGCGCGGCCCGUUCGCUGAGCCCCGCCGAGGAGGGAGGCGAGGAACGAGUAGCGGUGGGAAGAGAGCGAGGCGCCGAGCUGCCGCGGGGAUGAGGAACCGGCUGGCUGAGCUGACAGCGUGUGAAAAAGAUGAAGAUGGAGAGACAACUAUUGUUGUUGAAAAAGAUUAUUUUUUGGAUGACUUCUUCCAGCAGGUUGAGGAACUCAGAAACAAUAUAGCUAAAAUAGCACAAAAUGUGGAAGAAGUUAAGAAGAAACACAGCAUUAUCUUGUCUGCACCAAAUCCUGAAGGCAGAACAAAGGAAGAACUCGAGGACCUGAACAAAGAAAUCAAGAAAAUUGCUAAUAAAACUCACGCUGAGUUAAAGGCUAUUGAACAAAGUUUUGAUCAAGAUGGGAAUGCUAAUCGAACAUCAGUUGAAAUCAGGAUACAAAAAACACAGCACUCAAUAUUGUCCUGGAAGCUUGUGGAGGUCAUGACAGAAUACAAUAAGACCCAGACCCAGUUUCGAGAACGCAGCAAAGGACGGAUACAGCGACAGUUAGAAAUAACUGGAAAAAACACCACCGAUGAAGAACUGGAAGAAAUUGAAAGUGGUAAUCCUUCUAUUUUUCACCUUAUUAUAUCAGACUCCCAAAUUACUAGACAAGCUCUGAAUGAAAUUGAGUCACGACACAAAGAUAUUAUGAAACUGGAAUCCAGUAUACGGGCGCUACAUGACAUGUUUAUGGACAUGGCUAUGUUUGUUGAGGCUCAGGGUGAAAUGAUCAACAGCAUAGAAAAGAAUGUGAUGAAUGCAUCAGAUUAUAUAGAACAUGCUAAAGAGAAGACAAAAGAGGCACUUAAAUAUCAAAGUAAAGCACGAAGGAAAAUGACCUUCAUAAUUAUUUGUGUAACUGUCUUGCUUGUGAUCCUUGGAAUUAUCUUAGCAGCUACAUUAUCUUAGCAAGCACAUUCCAAGAGCUUAAGAAUCUUCAGGCUCCAAAUCACAUCUGCAGUGAAACCAAAUAUCCUAACUCUUUUUUUGGUAAAAGAUGCCUUACACCAUGUUACACAUGAUGUUCAAUGCUGACUUAUGAUUAGUGAUUUAAAGGUGAAAACACAAUGGCACCGAAUGUUUAAUCAGAUCUGUAAAUCAAAGUGUAUAUGGGAAAUCAAUUGGAUUUUCAUCAGAAACCACAUGGAUCUGUCAGCAUGAAGCCUGCUUUUAAUAGUUUUGAACUAAAGUGAUUUGGGAAUUCCAUUUUUUCACAUUUCAGUGUUAUAAACACAGAAUUUAAUUAGGGAAUUGUGGAACUAUUGAGUUUUGGCCAUUUGGUAUAAUUUUUCCACUCCUAAUGCAAUUUUAUUCAAGAAUUUUAGUACCACAUUUGUGUUCUCUUCUUGUUAACAGAAUAAUUGAUUCUCUGAGCACUGUUUUUUAGGCGCUGUAGCCAUAACUUUAAAUAAAACAUUUACUGG